CUGAUAUCUUGCAACAGAUUUACUCCAAUAUGAAGCUCAAGAUCCAUCAAGAUAAAUCAAAUAAGCAUGCUGACAUUGUUACAUCAGUCGGCUGGACAAGUAAUAAUGAGCUUUAUUCCUUUGGGGACGAUCAAAAGAUCUUUCGAUGGUCUGGGGACGGGGAUAGUCUCGGACAAGUGACAACAACUUUGUUCGAUGCCGGACAGUCAGGGGUGGAUGUUUACAUAACGGAAAUGCACUGGUUCCCAGUACCACCUGGAAAAGGAGGACAGACCGCGGCUGAGGUUUUUGCAGCGGGUGCGACGGAUGGAAAGUACUACCUGUGUACCAAAGCGGGUAGGGUAGAGAAAGUAGUGGAAGCGCACAAAGGCGCCCUAUUAUGUUUGCGAUGGAACAAUGAAGGGUCCGCACUGAUUACUGCGGGAGAAGAUGGACACGUGAAGAUAUGGUCCAGGAGCGGCAUGCUGCGAUCUGUCCUAGUGCAGAUUGGUUAUCCAAUUUAUUCCCUUUCAUGGUCGCCCGACAAUGACCAAGUACUUUUUACAAACGGACGGAACCUUAUAAUAAAAUCUCUGCAGCCUGCGAGUAAGCCAAAUCAGUGGAAAGGACACGAUGGAAUUAUCCUUAAAGUCGACUGGAACUUGGUAAAUGGGCUCAUUCUCUCCGCUGGUGAAGACAGAAAAUACAAGGUCUGGGACAGCUUCGGCAGACAAUUGUAUUCGAGCAAUCCUCAUGAUCACCCCAUUACAUCCAUUUCGUGGAAUCCGAGUGGAGACCUGUUUGCGGUGGGAUCAUAUAACUCGCUACGAGUUUGUGACAAGCUAGGGUGGUCUGUUGCGAUGGAGAAACUGAAUAGUGGAUCCAUCUUUAACAUCUCUUGGACUCCCGACGGCACGCAAAUGGCUUGUGCUGGAGGUUCUGGUGCAGUGGUGUUUGCACAUGUAAUAAACAGGCGUUACGAAUGGAAAAAUCAUGAAGUAACCCUGUUAGAUGACCAUACAAUACAUGUUCAUGACGCAGUGAAUGGCUCUACAGAGAACCUAGAUUUCCGCGACCGUGUCGUGAAAGUGUCCCUUGGCUUUGGUUAUCUCGUUGUUGCGACAUCUUCGCAGUGUCACGUUUACAGUGAACGGAACUGGAACACACCGGCUAUUGUAGACUUGACGAACAAUGGAAGAGUAACUUGCAUACAACAGUGUCCUGAGUAUUUUGUUCUGGUAGACACUGUGACGGGCAUUCAAAUAUUUUCGUACGAAGGUCGAUUGGCUAGCUCCCCGAAGUAUGCUGGAUUGCGAGCAGAAUGCGUGACACCGCAGACGAUAUCCAUUUCCGGAGACGUGCUCGCGGUCAAGGACAAAGCUGACGAGAAAACUAUAUAUAUCUUCGAGAGUGCUUCUGGUCGUCCCCUUGGCAAUGGCACCAUUAAACACACAGCCGACAUUGCGGAAAUUGGGCUGAAUCAGUGUGCAUCUACCGUCGGCAGACAGUUGGUCUUGGUUGAUAAAAAUAGAAAUAUGUACAUUACACCUUUGGUGAAACCAGAUCUCAAAAAGCUGGGUACAAUGGUAGAAACAUUUGCCUGGAAUGCUGAUACCGAUCUGCUUGUGGCGAUGAUGGACUAUAAGUUUGUUGUCUGGUAUUACCCGAACGUGGUCUUCAUCGACGAAGACAUCGCACCUUUGACAAAAUUUGAAAAGGAUGGAAGCAAUUUUGGAAAAAACGCCCAGAUUGUAAACUUCUUUGGCACGCAAUGCACCCUUCGCCGCGCUGAUGGGGCGCUGGUCACCGUUAGGUUGCAACAUUACCCCGCUCCCUGGGUUAUUACAAGAACACACCCGGAAAAAGCAAUGGGAAGAAGCAAUACGCCUAUGUCGAUAUGUGAAUAUAAAAGAACUAUGGGCGUGUCUGGCAGCCAUGGCCAUACAUGGACAGGACUUGCAUACUGCGGAAGUGGCAUAUGCUGCAAUUGAUGAAAUUGCCAAAGUCCAGUACAUCACAUAUGUUCGCGAUAUUCCUAUCGCAGAAGCACGAGCUGCCGAAUUGGCACUUUUGCGACGACGACCAUCUGAAGCUGAGAACAUUUUAUUGUCAGCAAAUCUGGUAUAUAGAGCGAUUAGAAUGUGGAUUGGGUUAUUCAAUUGGGAGAGAGCAUUAGAGCUGGCCAUCAAGUACAAGACACAUGUUGACACUGUUCUCUAUUUCCGGGACAAGUACCUCAAAGCUGUCGGUCGGCGAGAGACAAAUAGGAAAUUUGUACAAUAUGGACAGAGUGUUCAAGUGGACUGGGCAAAAAUCCAAGCCAAAAUAGCUAUGGAGGAAGAAAGCGACCGUCAGCGAUCGACAACGAGAUGAAUUAUUCUUGUGAUGAACAAAUCUAUCACGUAAUCUUAGACUUCACUCUAAAUAUGACUGUGCCACUUAUUGGCUGCCAUGCCUACGGCCUUCGC